GCAGGCGCGGUCAGGCGUCCCGCAGACGCCCUAAGUUCCAACUUGUCACGACUUGUCCGACUCGGCCCGACUUGUUGAACUUGUUUGAUCGGGUUGAAAUGAAUUCGGCGAAGUUGGUGGUGCUGGUUCUGUGCUCAAAAUGUGUAGCAGUCAACAUCAAGCGUCUAGAAGUACCGUCCCUCGUCGAGAUCGGCACCGACCACGUUAUCUUGGACUGCGAGCACGACGCCCCGGAACUGCUGCCGGGGUUCAUGAUGAAGUGGUUCUUCAACGGAGCCUCGGGGCUGGUGUAUCAGUGGAUACCGCCUAUGCGGCCGCAGGUCAUAGGCCUGUUGAAAGGAAAGGUCGAUCUCAACUUUAGAAUAUCUGAUGAACCACUGCAAGCGUACAGAGCCAUAAAAAUCGUGAACCCCUCGACGCACCUGAGUGGGAACUACACUUGCGUGGUGUCCACGUUUGAGGAGGAGGAUCGUGAGACCAGCUCCAUGCUUGUCUACAGUCCAGGCAAAAAUUUCCACUUCGUACAGGAGAAGAAAUACGUGUUCUUAGUGACACUCACAUGCGCCGCGGAGGACUUGUAUCCCAGGCCGACCAUGACAAUACUCUCCAAAGGAAUCCCACUAAAGCAGGUGGAAACCCGAACGGAGAUGGACUCGUGGGGCAUGUACUCGCUCACCAGCACAGCCGUCGUGCACGAUGACGACGUACCUCGGCCGUGGGAGCAGUUCGUGUGUCUCCUGACCCUGCCGCCUGCCAACUAUACUACUAAUCGAACCACUUUGUACUACCCAGGUUUAAUGCCAACGGCCUACAGCGCAGCUAUUGAGGUGGUGAAACCACAGGAGAGGCACACUAAUAAAUGCCCCGCUCUGAGAGAUCAUCGCGACAGCUUCACUAUUUCAGUGCUGCUUCUGACUGUUUCAUAUUUAAAACUUUUUAAACUCGUUUGAAUGUCAAAGUUUUUUUAUAACUAAGCCCUAUUUCUCUGACUGUUUUUAAAAUAUGAAUUGUGUAAUUGGUCAGGUACUGUUGUUAAUUUAUUCUAUGAAUGGUUAUGCAAUGUUUGUAAUGUUGUGUUCAAAAUUUAACAAUUAGGUAAAAAAUAUGUCUGUAAAUAGUUUAAGUAUGAUGUGGCCUGUAAUGCAGGCAAAUUACUGAAUAGGCAACCAGCAAUUUCCUUUUAAAGUUUGAAAAUUUGUUAAAAAAUGCAAUAUAAGACAUAAUUAAGGUCCGUAUUUUUUUGUUUUAAUUCCAAACUAAAAUAAAUCUUAAAAACGUAUACUAAAUUGCUGUAUGCACCUAUAGUUGUUUUGGCAAUGUUCCGGUGAUCCAUGAAGUUAUUUUAUGACAGUUCAAGAUAUAGUCUAAAUACCUAAUUUGAUUACGAGUAUACUUAAUCAAAUUAGGUGGACUAUAAUAUGGGACUAUACUUGGAUGGAUUUACAGUAUAUACAACGGAUAAUGACAAUGAUGACAGUGUCCGUCCUAUUUUAAUCUUAUGGUGUUAAAAAUUGACACUUUUUUUAUCACGUCGAUAAAGCCACCCAUAAUACGCCUGCAGGUUCGGUUUUUGAACCAUCUUUUUGUUAAGUACACUUGUACAGAUAAUUUAAUUGAAUUUUGCACCGUGUUUAAAAAUUUCAUACAGCAUUCUAUUAAUAAAUUGGGUAGGUAUGCCUUUAUUGCGCAAAAAUUGGGAGAUUUUUCUUUGUGCCAAAUUUUCCAAAAAUACACUUAUAUUGAAAAUAUUUAUAGCUUGCCUAAUUAAAUUAAUUUGACGACGUCAAUGUUCUUUUGUAGGCAAUAUCUACCUACGCUUACUGUUUAUUCCUUAUAUUUGAACUCUUGGUAAUAUGAAUAUCCAGAAUAGGACCUUAAUUAAAAUUGCAAAUAAAUAAAACGAGUAAUAUAGAAUAGAACAGAAAGCGUUUAUUCGUGACAAACAAUUAAUAAAUAAAACAACAGGUAACACAAUAUCACGGUCACGAAAUAUGAUUAGCUACAGUCAAGGAUAAUAGAUAGUAUAGAGGGCUAUUGCGAAAGUAAAUUUUGUAGUCACGGUACAUUUACUGCCAUCUAUCGACACACGAUUAAAACUUAAAAUAUAAUUGGAAAUGUAUUAAUUAAUCAAAAUAUGUGUACGGAUAAAUGAUUUUUAAUUUUUAUUGUUCCAUACUGACCCAUGUUCUUUCACUGAUGUGUUAAAAUUGUUAAAUAUCAAACGGUGUUGUCAACGCCAUUUAGCCGAGAAUUGGCCAAAGGUAAUGGCGCCAUCUAUUCGAGAAUAACUUUUUCUUGAUUUCUGAGGCACGUUUUUUUCUUAGACUUUAUUUAUCUUAUACGGAGUUAUAUAUAUCUCUGCUACAGUCCAUGCUGAACCUAUAAAAUGUUUAUUUUUCUUCUCUUUGGUGGUUAUCAGAAAAUACAGUGCGCUAAGCUUAACCUCUUGUCUAUAUAAAGUUCGAGUUAUGAAUGGCUUUAUCCACGUGAUAAAAUAACUGUCACUUUUUAACACCGCGGGAUAGAAAGUGACGGAUACCGUUUUAUCACGUUGUCUCCUAGAUAAGAACGACCAAUAUACGGAGUGACCGAAUAUUUAAUCUUCUUUUUUACUUUUUUCCGAGAGCGAAUUUUUCUGCUCUAUAGAACACAGCCGAGGUUUGAAGACAACACAUAUGAAGGUUAAUGCUUUAUCCAAAAAUAUUUACUAAUGCCAUUAAUAACGCAUUAUAAACGAAUCAAGGCACAAUAGUAACUCGCUAUAUGAUUUACCGGCUCCGUAACUUUGUACAAAAUAAACUUACAUCGGAACACUGCUAAUAAAAAUUUCCGUCUCUUCUUUUGGAACAACUGGAUUUUUAGGCGUUUAUUUACGCUCUACCCCUGUCUAAAAAAAACCCCACACUAAGCCCCCAUUCGCACGGGAGCUUUGUUAACGCGCGUUAAAAAAGCGUUCGAAUGGCACAAAUGGAUACAUGUGUAUUUAUUCACACGAUGGCGGUGGCGCUUUUUAUUAAGCGUUGCUGGAUUUUCGACUUUUAGCCUUGGUCGUUAAGUCGAAUUUAGAGUAUGGACAGAUUCAAGCGCUUUUUUAACGCGCGUUGAAAAAGCUAUCGUGCGAAUGGGGCCUAAUAACGUCUUUCGAGCGUCGGGGUCUAGUCAGCGCUAUGGAAAAUGGUGUCGGUGCGCAGUUGCGCCAACGCGCAAUGUCGCGUCGAGCAGCAGCCAUAGAGUUGAUUAGAAGCCGACGCCGGAGACACUAUUAGUAUGGGGUCUCUAACGAAACUCAAACUUUUCUAAAUCCUACCUAAAUAUGCUAUCAAUGUCAAAAAACUGAAUGUCUCUGAAAACUAUUAUUUUAAGAUUAAAUAGUUGCAAUAUAAUUUUUAUUACAACUUUGGAAGAGUGCGUUCAACACACCCUACGACGACAUGAAUGACAAACUAACACGUUUUUUCAAUGUAAAGUAAUGAGUUCUUGUUGUUCGUCUGUAUUGAUAUUCUCCGAGUGUUUUAAUUUGAAAACUGAAGCCUUUCUCAUUCAGUUCCACAGUAAAAUCGAACAACGGGAGUCUUUUUAUUUCAGAAAUCCGAUAAGAAUUCCUGAAAGGUAUUUUGAAUGUUCUCGCUGUUCUGUAGGCCGAUUCAGUUUUUCCAAUUUGUUAUGGUUUUGAUCUUGAUAUGGUCAUACCCCAGAUUAACGGAUACAAUUUGUUUAAAAUAACUAACGCUUUUAAUUACUAAUAAUGUAUACUUCAAUGAAGAGUCACAUAUUUUAGUAUGACUUAGAAAUUGCUCGCUAUCGAUAUUGAUAUUGCUUGAAUCGAUAUUUAAUUAAUGACUAUUUAGCACUGGUACGUUUUUGUGUUAGAAAAACCGACUAUGGUUAUGAUAGUAGCUUAACCCUUUACCAGGCUAAGGGAUAUGUAUUUCCCACAUACGGCAAACACGUGGUCUAUUUCCGAUGAGUAAGACUGGUAAAGGGUGUUUAAUGACGCGACUUCAAGCGCAUUUCUAUCGCACCAAUCAGCGAGAGCUAUCGACAUAGGCGUACCCACAUGAGGCAAGGUGGGGCAGUUGCCCCACCCUGGUCUCUGACCAUAAGCUAAGAAUUUCUGUUUCAACCGAACCCUGUUACAACGUACCCAGCCUCCCCUACUUCUGUCCCACCCCUUAAAAAAUGCUGCGUACGCAUGGGCGUACGCCAUGGGGCUAUCGUCAAGGUCUUUACCACAAGAUCAAAACCGUAACAAAAUGUUAAAUCACAAUUGGUGUCCUGAACUCAGAAUGAAAUAAAUUAAUAAAAGAGAUGUUGCAUUACGUGCGUAGCAGUAACAAAAAAUGAAACAAAGCCUUUCGUGUUUUACUAUUUAAGCAAAAUAAUUUAUUUUUAAGUACCUAGUGAUAGCUUUCGUAUUUUAAUUAAGUUAAUUUGAAGAGCUUUAACUAUAUAUAUGUACAUUAGACAAAAGAUAUCGAGAUGACCAAAUAACUAAAAUAUGUAUACGAUAGGUUUCUACUUGCCAUAUUAUUCCGUCGUGUCAUACUAUACAUAUUUCACCGUGUCGUAUUAUAGGUACAAUUUUUGGUUGAAUCGAUGUCUUUUAAAAAUUGGCGCAACACAAAGCACUUAUAUGUGUUUUAGAAAUGAAUCUACUAAGAUUCCGUUAAUCAAGUAAAAUUUUAAAAGGAAAGUUUAAAUGUACAACACCUUCUGUUAACUUUCGAUGUAAAAGUUUCGAUAAGGUUUAAUAAAGUUCAUAUUAAAAUGG